GUACAGACUGGUGAAACGUAACAUGAAAUGUAUAAUUCUGCCUUUCAUUGCAUGUUCGCUGCAAGCGUGGACGCAUAGCGCGCUCUUAACGCGCAUUCACUACGAACCUCCCGCGUUCGUCUGUUUCCGCCAUUCUGCCGCGAACACGGCCCUUCGAUACACGUUUUUUUCGUGCGCGUCACUUACAAAACCAUAGAUCACACGAAGCAUGGAGUCCGAAGACCACGUUCUUGCUAUGACGAUUAUCAGUACUUCAUUAUUAAUAAUACAUCAACUCAUGAAAACACGCCGAAGACCCCGACGUUGGUGGCGGACAGAAUUGUAUAAACGGAGAGAAGGUAGAGAACUGCUUACUGAUAUGAAUUUUCAGCACAUAAGUGGACAAUACAAAAACUUUACUAGGAUGACGCCAACAGACUUUGAAAAUUUACUCGAGAUGAUUGGACCAAGAAUUAGUCGAAACCAUACAAAUUUAAGAGCUCCAAUUUCAAUCCAAGAUAGGCUAGCAAUAACACUUCGAUUUUUAGGUUCCGGGGACUCUUACACAAGUCUGCAGUAUACGUUUAGAGUAUCGAAACAAUCCAUAAGUGCUAUUGUACCUGAAGUGUGCGCCGCAAUAAUGGAGGAAUUAAAAGAAUACAUUAAGAUACCAACGACAGCCGAAGCCUGGUUGAAGAUAAGCAAGGAGUUUGAAGACCGGUGGAACUUUCCACACUGUUCAGGGGCAUUAGACGGAAAGCACGUUAUACUUGAAGCACCUAUCAAAAGCGGAACCGAGUUCUAUAAUUAUAAACAAAAUUUUAGCAUCGUUUUGUUUGCUCUAGUUGAUGCAGAUUAUAAUUUUCUAUUCGUAGACGUGGGAUGCCAAGGGAGAAUUUCAGAUGGCGGAGUUUUCAAAGAUACCACAUUAUAUGAUAUGAUAGAGAAUCACACAAUAAACCUGCCAUCGCCGCGUCCACUCCCCGAUAGAAAUAUUUCCAUCCCAUAUUUUUUUGUAGGCGAUAGUGCCUUUGCUUUAAGUGAAAACUUGAUGAAACCAUAUGGUGGGACACCUCCAAAGGGUUCAUCGAAGAGAAUAUUUAAUUACCGAUUAAGUAGAGCUAGACGGAUUGUUGAGAACGUAUUUGGAAUUAUAUCGUCUGUGUUCAGAGUUUUAAGAAAACCAAUGCUUUUACAGCCUGAUAAUGCUGAAUUGGUAGUUAUGGCAAUCGUUCUUCUACAUAAUUAUUUGAAACGUCAUUCUAGAAACGUGUUCAUAACUCCAGGAUUAGUUGAUCAGGAGGUAGAAGGAAUUUUAAAUGAAGGUUCGUGGAGGCGAAAUAAUGACGACAUGACAUCAUUACUGCCCAUAAGAAAUAUUCCCAGACGAUCACCUGCACAUCUAAAUGCUAUUAGAGAUGAAUUGGCUGAUUAUUUUACGAAAGAAGGAAAGGUUUCUUGGCAAGACAGAUGUUCAUAGAAUAAUCCAUACCGUAUUUUUUCUCUUUCUCGGUGUGUUCCUGUCGUCUAAGAACUUCAAAGCAUCAUAGGCAAACCAUCGACUUAUGUAUGUUUCCGAGGCACCUGCAACCGAGUAAUACAAAGUUAAUUGUUUAGGAUAAAUAAAUAAUGUAGCUGAAACAUGAGGUUUGAAUUCCUUUUUCUCGUUUUUGCAUCGAAAUUGGUCCAUCCGUUUAAGCGCUACGAUGCUACAGACAGACAGGCCCACAGUUUUAGGGGUCAGACUUAUAACACCCCUCGUUUUACGUCAGAAGUAAACAAUUACACAUUCUCGUGGUAUUUUUUAUACACUUACAUUACCACUUACAUUACAAUACAGGCUGUCCCGUAAAUAGUACGACAUACUGCCAGAGGUUAAAGUACUCAUCAAUACGAACAACUUUUACUAUGGGACCAACUUCGAAAUCGCGAAAAAAAAUCAGCUGUGGCAGUAUGUCGUAGUAUUUACGGGACAUCCUGUAUGUCUUUAUCUACCAUUAUACUUUAUGUAGAUACUAUGUGGUUAAUGUUGCUGGUUUCACAAUGUUAUAGA